AUGAUCCGGUCGCGAGAAUCAGCCGGUUCGGUCGGAGAAAAACACACUUUUCAGCCGCAGUCGGCCGACACAUUUCACACCGUCGUGGCAGCUAUGCUUUUUUCUCCUCAAUCCCCGGCCUAUCCAACCAAGUCAGCAUGUUCGGCAUGUUCGAGCCCCUGUUUCCAUCAUGACAAGACACAUUGGCGUCCUGCCAUUCGCAAUUAUAUAUAUUUGUGUGUGUGUGUGUGUUUGUAUGUAAAGGUGUCUGGAUAUACUUUCUCCCAGUCGGUGGUGCGAGGCUGA